UUCUCUAUAUAUAUAUCUAUAUUAUCUGAAUGUUUACGCCUCAACCGCUGAGCUAAGCAGGAAAUUUGGAAGUCGCUUCUCAUGUUUUUAUGGUUUGGUGCUGCUGGUCUGUGUGAGAUGUUUGUAAAGGUGUUUGUUGUCCAUCGCUCCAUGAAUGUAAACAAGCCCUGAUUUAAGCUUGGCCUCUUACUGAGAGAUAUUUUUACCUUUCUGCAUUUUUGUCGUGAGUGUAGCUGUGAGGGUGUUUCUGGUUGAACUGGCUGAGCUGCAUUUCCCUCUGACACACACUCCACACACAUUUCCCUCUGACACACACUACACACACUCCAUACACUCCUCUCAGUGUGAGCUGCAUGAACACAGCAAUGAUGGUCAUUGAAACUUAAAUGGAAUUAAACCGUAGCCCGAACAUCAGGAGACGCAUGAUGGACGACAGAAGAGAACCAGCACAGAAGCAGAUGGAGUCGCCACACAGCGUCAUACACACUUACUAUCAGGGGGACAUUAACGCUGUGGUGGACGAACACUUUUUCCGCGCUCUCAAUAAAUCCAACAUGCCCAAAGACCUCAGCACCAAGAGCCGAGAGAACCGCAGAACGUCCAAACCCGAUUUUCACGCUCCGUCCUCCUGGUCUCCAUCGUGGUCCAAAAGUGGAUUAUCUCCAGGUUCCCCCAGCCUGAGCCAGAGUUCCUCUGCUGAAGAACCGCUCCAUCCUCAGGGGGUCAUCAUGGGUCCACUGUCUGCUGAGCCGUGGGUUUACCAAGGCAGGCAGGGGUCUGGUUAUAACCUCCCCCAGCUGUACCGGCAGCCUGCAGCUGCACCUGCAGGUGGCAGCUCCUCAUAUCUCCAAUUGCUGCACAUGGAGCGGUCAGCAGGGGGCAUACUGACCCCACCCUCCACCAAAACAGACAUGCAGCUGGAGUGGGCAGCUGGUAACAGCCACAGAGAUGCACACCGUGGCAGGACUCACCUGGACACAGGUUUACAGAUGCCAGAGAAAAGUAAGGACGUGUACUGGUACUGAAAACGCAGAACCGUCCACUCUACAGGGCCAGCUGCUUUAAGAGGGAAAGGUCACGACCCCUCAAAGACUCUUACAGAAGCACUGCUGCACUAAUGAAACACACGGCGCUGCAGACCAGGAGAUCCAGGACAUCCAGGAGAACAUUGUUAUUAUUAUUAUUAUUAUUACUACAUGCCACAGAUAUUUCUAUGCAGGUGUCACUUCACUGGAAGAAGACACCUGUCCUGUCUCUUCUGUUCUUCACCUCCUCUCAACCCCGUAUUAAUCACUCCUCAUGCAGUAACUCACCACAUUAAACUGAAACUUAUUUAUA